CGAACUGGUUCAGUCUUUUUGUAGAGGUACGAAUGGAAAGUCACUUUUCUAAAUAGGUCCAGUGUUGUUCGAUUGUUUGAAUUUUACAUCCCUUCCAAUCGAUUCAAAACCAAGUGCAUUCGUAAGACCGUGCAAUUGGCGUCCCGACGAAUCUUGUUAGAGUCCCGUAGGUGCUCGGGAAGGCGUUUAAAUUCCGCCUGGAAAGUUCGACUUUCCUUCUGCUCAGUGCAAUUCAGUCAUGUCAGCCAUUGUUUAAAGUGGGCUCAGUUUUUUCACUUUUGCCUUCCCACAUUGGCACGGGACCAGAGGAGGAGUGGUAGUGUUAGUACGCGUACGCAUUUCGUGCCACAUCAGGGCAUACGGUAGUGGUGUGAUUUUUAAGUGCGCAGCCAGUUUGCAGCACCAAGUAGCUAACGUUUUGCGAGCCCCUUGGUGGAUGCACCGGAGGAAAUGAGCCAGCAAAUUCGGUAUUGAUUACUACUCAAAGCGGAACAUAACGUAAAAGGUGAAUAAAAUAAAUAAAUAGAGUCCGUUUUCGAGGUUUUUGCGUGUUCCUGCGGAUCGGAAGAAAGUGUUGCCAAGCUUGCUAUGUGACGUUAAUGCAAUAAGGCCCGUGAAGUGUUAUUAUUUUGAACCAGUUUGAAGUGUGAAGGCUGAAAGGUCAUUUUCCUGCAGAAAAAGAUAAAGAAAAAAUUGCUGACCAUGUACCUACAUCCAGUGCUCAUUUGAGCUGUUAUGGUUGAUAUUUAUUUGCUACCUUUAAGUUUUUAGUUAUUUGGUGGUGUUUUUUGAAAAAGUUUCGAAUGCUCGAUAUAAUGUGAAAAUCUAUCAAGCUUGAAGGGUAGGAAAUUACUACAAAGAUACUUGAAAUACUUUGGGUGUAAAUGCAAACAAAUUCGGUUCCCAAUGCUACAUAAGCAGCGUAGAAGAUCUUCUGAAUUUAUUAGAAUCAUCAGUCGUGAGUAACUCGUUGUGUACACCGUACGUCACCGCCAGCCUCCUCCGUUGCCGCCAAACGCCGGGACCGACGGGACAUUUCGUAUUCAAGUGCUUAGAAAAAUUCGUUAAAGUGGCUCCGCAGGCCGAACAACCCCUAGUCAGUACAACAACGUUUCAUUUUCCACCGGGGGUAAUCGUAGCUCAUCCGCCUGACAUUGAGUGCACUUCCAGCCGGUGCAGCGUUCUAGUUUCGCCACAAGGGUAUGGUAUAUUUUCUGGGACAUUGGGGCAUGGGAGAUACUGAACGCACUACAACUCAGCAUGUCUCCAAUAGUGUGCUACAGAAACAGAACAAUUUCCUGUACAACGUUGGUAGCCCACAGCUUCAAAAUGCAGAAUAUACAUCAGUUGCAGUCGAUCAUCUGCACCAGCAGCAGUCGCUGCAGCAUCUUCAAUUGCAUCAACAGCAGCAACACGGACACGAAUCGUCAGCGCUCAUCAGCAAUUUCGGCUUAACGAAAAGCGCCAACGAACUUUCGCCGUAUUUGAAAGAAACGCAGCAACCCAACAAUCGCCAUUACACGACCGGGAGUGUAGCUAGUAAUAAUUGUCACGUGCACAACCGCCAUAAUAGCAAUCUUUGUAACAGUGGUGCUGUCAGUAACUGCUGCUCGCAGGAACUGCAUCUGAACUUCCAUCCGAAUCACCCAAAUCACAAUCAUCAUCACCAUUGCCACCACCAUCAGCUUCACCAACAGCAGCAGCCGCAACACGACACCGAAAGUGACGAGGAUGAAAUCGCUCUGUACCCUCUCAAUAAUCAGGUCGGCGGCCAUACUCGCCUGUUGCUGUUGAACCAGAGCACCGUCAUUAAACCAUUGAAUCAACGUGAACUAGAGUUCUACCAAAACAUUCCUAGCGAUAUCCAACAGUUCGUUCCAAAGUAUAGAGGUGUCAUGCAGGCCGCAACCAUGGGUGGCACCAAGUUGGAGAAACGCUACUCACCCAGCUUCCGGGAUGAUCCGGGACGCAAACCAGCCGCUUCGAAGCGCAAGCGUGAGGAAGUACUUCGGAUGAAAAUACAUAAGAAUGGGAUACCUUCAGAGGUGUUAAAAAGUAUUUCACAAAUUGACAACUCCAACAAACAAUAUUUCCUGAUGCUGGAAAACAUCACCUCCUCGUACCGGCAGCCUUGUAUACUGGAUCUAAAAAUGGGCACUCGUCAGCACGGCGAUGAUGCAUCGGCGGAAAAACGCAGCAAACAGAUGGCCAAGUGUGCCGCCAGUACGUCUGCCUCGCUCGGAGUACGCCUCUGCGGAAUGCAGGUCUACCAGGCGGACAUCGACCACUACAUGAAGAAGGACAAAUACUGGGGUCGUGAACUCAAUGAGGAUGGUUUCAAGGGUGCAUUGCACAAUUUCUUCCACAACGGUCACCGUUUACGUGUUAAGAUUAUCGCCAAGGUGCUAGACAAACUCGAGCAACUUCGGAGAGUGAUCGAGAAGCAGUCCAGUUACCGCUUUUACUCCUGUUCCCUGUUGAUCGUUUACGAAGGCUACGAAGAACCGCCAGUGACGCCCGCCUAUACCGCUCCUCACUCAUCGGGUAUCGAAUAUCAUUUGCACGAGACGGAAUCCAACUCGUACUGCUACGAUGCGGACGCAUCCAACAGUUCGAUCGAGCAAUGCAAUCUCUCCUCAUCCCAUGAAGACAUGAUCGCCACUUCGGCCCAUCAACGGCUGAACGCAUCAAUGGCAACAGUAGCAACGGCAGCGGCAGCUGCUAAGGCGGCCUCCUCAUCCUCCUGUCCCGCCACAUCACCGUCCGUCACAGUGAGAACUUGCGAGGAAGCUCCGACGAUCAGCGGUGGCAGCAGCAGCGCCACCCAGAUGAAAGUCCCUUUCGUUCCUAUUUCAGAGGAAACAAUUUAUCCGGGUGUAGCCAGCGACGCAUCGAUGGCCGUUCCGCUGGAAACCUCACAGAAUAUCAUCAGUUCUAGUCCGCAUUCGAUGGACUCGUGGAUGAACUAUAGUAGCAAUAGUAGCAGCGAUGAUUACGCAUCGGCCUUUGUGGUGCCGACGCAUGUACAAAAGGCCAAAUCUAACCCCAGUUCUCACUUUGAUGUCGACUUUAGUGGACGUGUUUUGCCAUCGGAUCGAAAGACGGGCAAUGUAGAUGCGAUGGAAGCGGAUCGUGAACAAAGUUUGCAGUCACAGACAGAAAGUUCGGUGACAAUUACGACAACGGUGAAGUCGUCAAUGGCGGCGACGGCAUCGACAAUGCCGUCGAAUAAGCAUUGUUACGGCAGUAUUAGUAUUAAUAGUACCAAUAGCAACAGCAGCUUCGGCAAGCCUCACGAGCAGUCUGAUGCUGGCUAUCACGAAGACGAAGAGGUUGAUGAUCUCGAUGAUGAAGAGGAAGAAGGUGCUGUGGACGAUGAGGACGAGGAUGAGCAUCUCCUACAGGAGACGACCGUCAGUUCAAAGCGGCUGCGUGGCAAAGACAAAAGUGGCAGUCGGUCAGGUAAUGUUCAACAAAGCCUACGAAGAAAGCUUAGUUGCAAAUCAAAAUCUUCUUCGGUGGGUGGAGGUAGUGCGGGCAGUUGUGCCCUCGGAAUGGCCGAUGUGCGAAUGAUCGACUUCGCUCAUACGACAUUCGAAAUCAAGAAAGGGAAUUUGAUGUGCAGCACAAGUACCAAGGUGCAUCACGGGCCGGACAGCGGGUUCCUGCGGGGACUGGACAGUUUAAAGCGAAUUUUGAAUGAAAUCUGCGAAGAACACUGAGAGUAUGCUGUAGGCGCUUCUCCCCUCUAGUUAGAAACCGGUAGAACACGCACUUUGGUGCGUGUUUCCAGUCUCUCGCUCCCGUUCUCUUAUAUUCCGGUAGAGAAGAUGCCGGAGACAUACUAGCAACUGAAGCAGCAUGCAUGCGUUGUAACUUUAUGUAAAAGUGUUUGCCGUAAGGAGGAAACACGUUUUUGUGAAAUAUUGUGAUACUAAAGCAUUUUUCAUCCAAGUACAUAUAUAAAGUAUAUAUUUAAUAUCAGAAGAAAACAAAUUCACUGGAGCGAAGCAUUACUUUAAGAAGAAAAUUCCUUAUCAGAGGAGGUAGCGGCAAUCUUAUCGGUUUUAUCUUUUUUAAUAUAAUCUGUAGAGAAGAAAGGAGCAUCAAAGGCUUUGGUGUGAUUUGUUUGAAUGGGGUGCAAUGUUUGUUUCGAUUCAUUUUGCUUUUGUUGGUUUACGUUAUUAAUUCACUUUGAUUACUACACGCCGCUGUCAUGUAAGUAUAAGUGUUUUACUAAGCGUUGGUGGUUUUUAAAAGUUAUGUAUUUAGGCGAGCCUCAUCAUUGUUGUAGUCUCGAAAUGUAGUUUCGCCAACCAUUCAAAAUGAUUAAAACUCACAGUAGAUGGAUAAAUAGUAGGCGACCACGCACCUCCAUCAGAAUGGAGUAGGUGUAAACGCUUGAUCACCGAGGCAAAUAUGCUGCAAGUGUUGUUUCAUAUCAGCUAGAACGACUUUGUUAAUCCUUUCUUGACCAACUUUUUUUUCUACCGUAACCGUAAAUUAUUUUCCUUAGAUCUGUUGAGAUCAUGAAACACGAAAAAGUUGCUGUGCUUCUUGCGCAGUGCUGCAACGUUGCUCAAUAUUUACAUUCCAAUACUCAAUACAAUUCAUCAACUGUAUGGAAAGGUCGAAGACAGUUUAAAUUGAUAGACUAUCUGUUUUCAAUAAUAUUGCAAGAUAACGAAGUUAUAUAUCAAAAUUUCAUUUUUCACCCAUAACUGCAACUGCUCUUCGCAGAACUGCUUCAAUGGAAUCUAAUCAAUUCAAUUGCAAUAACCUUAGUUCUACCGGUAAAACUAACGAUUUUUAGUGCUUUUAUGAAAGGUGAUAGCUCCAGUUAUCGAGGUAACUCGUUCUUUAAACACAUAUUGUGGAAAUCAAAAAGUUAUAGUUGUUUAAAUGUAUGGUGCUUGACAGAUACCAUAAGUGGGAAAGGGUUACUGCACCUGAAUACCAUAGCCCUAGUAACAAUUGAACUUUUAUAAUACGCUACAAGAGCAAUUUAUGUUUUUAUGAACCAUAAACUAACAUAAAUCUGCAAUUGUCACUAGAGUAAUUUCGGAACCACUCAAAAAUAUUAUGGAAUAGACAGGUAGAGUUUAUAUAGAUAUGUGGAAGCCAGGAACGCACGCUUGUUGUUAAGCAACGACACGCUUGUUUACAUUGAGAAAAAAUGGAAUUUGAAGUGAAAAUUCAAACGCACAAGUGGGAGUUUUCGGACAUUUUCGUUCGGUCAUCUGCACAUUGGCAGAAAAUUUGAAGUUUUGUUAGUAAACGAUCAAAGUUUCGCGGGUGUUUUGUGCAGUGGUGUGUGAUUAAAGUGUAUUUGAAAAAGUGCACUGAAAAUGAGAAGAAAAAUAAGUGUUUCGAAAAGAAACCUCAAGUGAAGAGGGGUGAUAUUUUCGCACAAAAUAAGAGCUACAGAUGGAAUUCCGUCAAAAAUUCGGCUUUAUUAUAUAGGAAAAUGUUCUAGCUUCAUCAAGUGCCAGUUUCGUGGUACACCGGCAAGGUUAGUGUAUUGAAAAAAGUAUUUUUAUAUUUGCUCAUGCCAGAUACAUGGUUAGGCAGGGGAGAGGGAUGUGUGCGGCGUAGGAGCUAUGUUGUGACUCACUUGUAUAAUGUCCUUAAAAAGUAGGAAAAAGGAACUGUUGAAUUUCUUCAACUUGAAGUUGAAGUAUUGCGGUUUCUAAUAGAUAUGAUUUAGAUUUUAAAAUUUGAAAUAACAAUAAGGUAAUAAUAAAUCAUAUCCUAACAGUUACUUGAAAUUGUAGUAAUGUUAAUCUGAACAGUUAGAAAACUAUCAAAAACAUCAGAUUUGAGUACUUGUGAAAACACGUAUCAGUCUUGAAAGGUUUUCAUAUGCUGUUAAAUUCAGAAAAUGAGGAAUGUAUUGGUUACUUUAAGAACGCAUUAUCAUUUUGAAUAUCUCAUUGAUUAUUAAUGACCAAUGACCAUAUUUCAUUGAUCUUUGAUGACGAUUGUAGAAACGGAUAUAUCUAAGUUUUUGAUUUAAAAUCUGAUUCCCGAAAAGCAUCCUCCAUUAAGGUACUGCCUUGCACACCAUUGUCAUACGAUUGAUGAGCUUUUGAUGAGUUUCGUUUCUUCAUUACUCAAGCACUCUUGCAAGCACCACCACAAAUAGUUAUGGUCGCUAUUUGAUUCGACUUAGAUCGUUCAUUCGGCUGACCAGGUUAUAUUAACCCUUUCAUGCCCAACUUUUUUCUCGUGCAUGUAGGGUUACAAAACUAUUUUUUCUUGAAAACGGUGGGGUCAAAAAAGCGAAAAACCUUUAUUCAUAAAGAUAGGUGCUACUCUCGCAGUGCUAGAAGCUGCUCAGUUUUUACCUUCCAAUGCUCAAUACGAUUCUCCUGGAAUAUUUACAAUAGUUUUAUUGCGCGGAAAAUGUAGCCAAAGACAGUCUAAAUUGAUAAGUUUUAUCAAUUUUCAAUAAUAUUGCAACAUAACGAAGAUAUAUGAAAAAUUGAUUUUCCGUCGUCAACGUAAACUGUUCCUGGCAGCACUGCUCCAUCGGAAUCCAAUCAAACUAAUUGCAACAACUUCAGUUCUAGAACUGGUCCUUGCAACUAUCAAUACUCAAAUGAAAGGCAAUAAUCACAUUUAUUAGCCUUGUUUUUGUGAGCAAAUUUUGCCUAAAUCAAAAGUUAUUGCUGUUUAAAAACGUUGUUGUCCACAAACAACAUGGGCAUGAAUGGGUUAACUAACUUUAGAUAGUCCCGGGAAUGUUUUGAAGCAUGCUUUGGGUCGUUAUCCUGAUUCUUCGAACGGAGAAAAUUGUUUUUUGUUCUAGCUCUCAAUAACAGUAUCAAAGUGCACAGAAAUAAAUAAAUAAAGAUAAUUCAACUUCUCGGGCCUAGGAGCGGAUCAAUUUCUCGAAUAUCGUUAUUAGUGUUGGUUAUCAGGAUGGUGUUACUCGUAAUGAGUGUUUGGGCAACUCGAUUGUACGGUGAUGAAAUGCCUAUCGCGCGUUUUCCGCAGAUUUUAUGCAAUAAAUUGAUUUAGAUAGAAUAAUUUUUGUAUUGUUUCCUCGGAUUUUGGGGAUAAUCGCGAAAAAAAUGGUCCUGUCGUAAUGUGUAUAAUGUCAUGAUUGUAGAAACUUCUGUAUAGCGAGCCAUAUUCGCGAUGUCAGUCUGGAUAUCCUCUAUGUUCAUUUUCGAAGUUAUCAAUAUUCAUUUUUGCAAUUAUUGCUACAGCCUCAUUGGUGAUAACGUCAUUUGAACGCGGUCGAUGACGCUAUUUAUUGCAUUGGUAAGUAGCGUGUCUUGUUGAUGUUUCUGUUGUGUGUAUAACAAAAACAUCUUUAACAGCCCGACAAGGGUACGGGUACCAGUUAAGUAAAAAGCUAAUAACAAUUGCCUUUUUCAACUGCUUUGGACGCUUUUGGAUGUUUUGGAUAGAGAAACUACUCAUAAGAAUCUGUAAAAAUGAACCGGAUUAAUGCACCAGGUUCCCGGAAAUCCGGAUUUCUAGAGCAAUGUUCCGGUACUAGGAUGAUUUGUAGAUUGUAAUAAAACCUAGCAAUAUGGGUAUCAAAACCUAUGACAUUUUUUCAGAAGUCUGUUAUUUAUCGGUACGGGACAUAUGGCAAUGUUACCUUGCAACGGCCACUCUCGGCACCAUGUGAGACUGCUGGUUUCAAAACAAUGAGAUACAGUCUUCUGAGGCAAUCCCACGAAUAUUGAUAUCCAUAAUGCCAAUAUUCCACUUAAAUUCCCUAAUAGUAUCCUUAUCCUGGAACAUUUCUCCUGAAAUUUGAAUUCCCGUUACCAGAGGAACUGCUCCGGUUUAUUUUCAAAGCAGCUUCUAAUAGUAGAUGACUUCCUGAAUCCAAAACAUCCACGGCUCGAUUAUUCUCAGCAUGAUAAAAUCUAUUUUUAUGUCUGGAGAGAUUUCAAUAUCUUUUAUACGUAGCAGACUUUCGCUUUAAAAAGAAGUCUGAAUUGGUUUGGGUAGAAUCGUUUCUUGAAAACGACAUUCAUGUCUAUUGGGAGAUUGUUCAAUAUUUGUUUUUCCAUGCUAUUAUAAUAAGUCAGUUGUUUGUAGUAUCAAAGAGAGCAUUAAGUACACCAUUUAGAAUUUGUUAAACUUAAACAACCCUAGUAACAAUUAAGGUUUUAUGAUAGCUUUAUAGGCACCCAUAAAACCAAGAUUGCACUUGCAGCGUGCAAAAAAAUUACAUUUGCUACUUGGGAAUAGAAUUACGAAAACGUUCCGGUUCCAUUUGAUUCGUCGUUGCAAUGGAAAGUAAUUCAUGUUUUGGCAGACUCGGUGACGAAGAAUUCACUUCAACUUCGAGUAUAUCCAUGGAGGGCCGCCUUCGGUAAAGUAAUACAGCUUAACAGUCCAACCAAUGUUCUAGAACAUUUAUAUAAUGGAAAGAAUCUAGAACAAAACGUAUAAUGAAAAACUGUUUUCAAUGGGCGUUUCACAAAAAUGCCCUAUAUCUCAAAAAGCUUAAAAGCUAGAGAGUUCAGGUCUUCAGAUAAAAUGUUUGUAAUGAGUUUCUCCACAACUUUGCUGGAGUAUUUGUCUAUCUGAGUUAUUGAAAAAAAAAUAUUUCGUAACUCACUCCUAGAGGGAUUAAUCAUCAAUCCGAUAAGACGGAAAGAAGGGGAGUUCUAUUCCAAAAAACUCUCAAAGACAUGACAUUGCUAAAGUCAACAGUUUUGACGCAAUGUAAAAAAACCCUUUUUGCUCUUUGGGACCACUGUGCAAUGGUAAGUUUGGGAUAUUGAGAUAACACCCGCGAAGAUCUUUCUUCAGCGCAAUCGAAAGAUGACAUGUCUCCAAACCUCGGUUGCACUCGAUAAGUAUUGGGAUUCGAAGGCUCUAAACAAUGAGCCGAAGCUUUGUUCCAGAGAGCUCAUCUGCGAUUGUACUUUUUUAUUUGAUCAAUUUUAUUAUCCAUUUUAAAGGAUUGGAAGCACGCUUCACGCAACUAUGAGUCCUCACACCUGAUGCUGUGGGAAGUAACUAUUUUUGAUUUAUCGAAAAUCCGAAAGGAGUGGGGAUGAUCGGUAUGAAUCAACGGUUUGAUUAAAUAGAGUUGGAGUUUACAUUCUAGCAAAGCCCACACAUUUAAAUCCAAUUUCGUACCACCACUUAUCCAAAAUUGAAUUAUUACACAAUAGAACCGCAAGAGGGUACCACAGCUAGACGUUUAAAUAAUAAAAAAAACGAUGUACUGAUGAUCAGAUAACGACGGUUCGCACUCGUUGGGUACGAGCCAGUUUGCCAACUUAUGCUAAUACUAUCAGAUCAGAGAGUUACAUCUAACACCUCUUCUCUGCCAGAUCGUGCAAAUGUUGGAUGAUUUUCUACAUUAAGAGAAUAUGCAGAUUUGUGGUCCUUAAAACUACUCCAUCAAUUUGGUGUCUCCCAAAUUGAUAUCUGAGUUGCCCCAAAUUAUAUGGUGUGCAUUUGCAUCACUGCCGAUUAUGAGUGGAAGCCCAUUACUACUAUAGUAUGAUACAACCCGUUUAAAAUCAUCAGAAUGUGAUGAUUCAUAUGACGAGCUAUAAACGAAUGUUUUGUUUAUGUUAUCAAAAGUCAUUUUGACUGUGACAGCACAAAUAUCACGAGUUGUGAGGUCGAAUACAAGGCAUACGUCAAUAGAGCUAUUCACAGGUUUACAUGCAGGAAGAAUUUCACGUGGAUUUGUCAUGCCAUUUUGUUGAAAGCUGCGAAGACGGGGUUAAGUAGCUUACCAACACAAGUUUCCUUUAUGGAAAGACGGUUCUUGACCCAAAGCUAAUGAAGCUUUGCUUAUAAUCGUCUAUACUGCCGCGAUACGCAUAACAGUCCCAUUUGCUAUGGAUUUCCUAUGCAGGUGGGACUGUUAUGCAUAUCACAGCAGUAUAGUGAACCCCGAGGUAUUAGGGACAUGACCACCAUUUUAAUACUACGAUUUAUGAAGAAGCAAAGUCCACUGUGUCAGAGAUUCGCUUAACACAGUAUGGGUAAGACCCACUCCAUGUUCGACUGGUAUAUUUUGGUUCUGCCAGCCAUUCAGUCCACGACACGGAGAAACACCUUGACUUGAGGUGAUCCAAGACUGACUUGGAUAUUUCAUCGAACCUACACCAAAAACUCGGCAGUAAUACCUUUACGCUAAUAAGAAAAAAAUGCUCUAAUAGCAAGACGGUUAAUACUAAAACGGUCCGUACAAAAAAUCCCUAAACGGCAAUACCAACACAUUCAUAUCCUGUCUGCGUCUUAUUCAUGUUUCAUCAAUUCUUAUCCAAUAAAUAUUGUAUUGUCUAGAAGAAGAACAUUCCGCUUGUCAUUGUAUUGCGCAUCAAUCAAAGCGAACACAAUGUGGAUAAAGACGAGUUUCGAUUUUCUCCACACGACACAUUUCGUAUUUGAAGAUCUGCUCACACUCGGCUAGCUUCAAAGUACAGUCAGAUAAAAACCAACUCGGAAUAGUGUUGGGGUAUUUCAGUCGGUGUUAGAUUGAAAUUUUAUUACUAUCCAAAACAUCAGCAGUACGGUAACGACUGCACAAAACAUGAGCAAUCCUUCCCGCCAUGUACGGGAAGCGGAUCCGGGUAUCCGAACCGAGGAUCCGGAUGCAGAUACUUGUCUGGAUCUAAGCACCGAGUCUGUGCCUGGUUCAGGUCCGGAUUUGUCCGGGAGAGGGGAUGGGCUAGAUCUGGGAACUGGUCCAGGUCCGAGAGGUCCAGAUUUGGGAACUGGGUCGGAUCCAGAAACUGGUUCGGAACCGGAAACUAGUUCAGAUCCCAUAACUGGCCCUCAUAUAGACUGAACUAAUACGGAUCUAUGGACUGGUCCGGAUCCGUGGUCUGCUCUGGACUCGGUGUCUGUGUCUAGAUUGGAAUCGGUACAAAGCAUCGUAUUGAAUUUAAUUUUUAUUUUACUAUCCAACCUACACAGUAAAAAAAUCGGUGAUUCCGGCUGGUUUCUGCCAAUAUUGGGGCAGAUUCCAAAUUGAUAUCCGACAGAAAUCUUCCGGUUGGUUUAACUCGAUACUAAUACUAUCAUAUUUACUUGUGUUAUGCACACACAUGAACGACUACCGAAAUUCGUCAUUCCACCAUUGAUUACCUUUGCGGUAAUAUAGGUUUAGUACCGCAAUGCGCAAUUGCGUGGUCUAUCAUAUCCGUCGAAUUUUGGGUGUAGCUUGCAUACCUUAAAUAACUAGACUCACUGUUCUUCACUCACCCACAACAUGUUUACAGCAAAGUCUUUAAAAUUAAAAAAUUAAGCCUUUAACAUGGAACCUUUUUUUAAUCACGCCCAAAGAUUCUGUAUUAUUUUAACCAUUUAUAUGAUAAUCCCCCCUUAAAUUCAAGAAUUCUUUACGCUUUCGAUUAUUUCAAAAGUAUCCAAUUGUUCACCUACAUCCAUACACUCACUUGAAGACAUCACACAAUUCUAAAAAUCGAAUAGAUACUUUGGGUGCCAUGAAAGUUAAGGAAUGUCAUGGUAUUACAUCCCGUCACGUUUUCCUUUUAUUGAGAAUGAAAAGUUUGAUGUUUAUUUGAUGAAUUAGAUCUCAUUAGUCCUCAGUAUCAAAUUUUUAGACACUCCUCGAAGGCACGAAUUUUUACCGUAAAUGAUACUUUAUUUUCUGAGAUUGAACUCUUUCUGCCUAUUUUCAAAUAAAGUUUAUUUUGAUCAGUUUAUAUUGAUUUACAAUUUUGGUUUUCAGUUUGAUCAAUCGAAAUUUAAAAGUGUACCCCAAACAAACAUGGUCACAGAACGGCUAAAAAUCAGGCAUUCAUAAUCUGUUCCACAUGAAACCCAAAGUGGUGCUUGUAACAGUUGUUCAGCGAUUUGAGUAAGCCUAAACCCUUAGAUCAAUCUCAUGAUUUCUCAAAUGGCACAAAUUAUCGCUUUAGAGAUACAGCAAUAUUAACGUUAUAAAUGCGUUUAGAGUAUUAUCCGUUUUCUACCUUAAGUUAGGCCGAACGAUAAACAGAAAUCGUUAUACUGUAACUCUAUGCGGUUAGUCGAAACUUGUAAUUGAGUUGGAUGCGUUAUGUUACACACGGGCAUCUUAAAAACGUCAAAUACUUAUGUCAAUGAGCAACUUUAUUUAGUUUGCAGUAGUGAUACUGAAGUCUCGGGUGUACAUUUUUACUCUAAUACGGUGCAGCAGUUUUAGAACGUCAUCAAAAAUUAGUCUAAAACGAAGUUUGGCGCUGGCGUCACAAUUCAUCAUUAUGGCUAAGUAAUGUGUAGAGUAAGAGUAAGACAGAAUGCAAAGUAACAGCGAACAUCAUGUUGACAUUAUUUAUUUUUAUACAUCUAGAAUUUUAUAACUGACACGAUGGUAUGGCUCGAACAACAAACCAUACGCACAGAGUUGAAAUUGUACACACAGGCACAACAGUUCGAAUCAUUUGUUAGGACAAUUUUUUUGUUCUGUUCCUGUAGUUAUUCGUUCGCGUUGAUAACAUUAUACGCAUCCAAAGAUAGAUAAACGACUAACACCGUAAAUUCAAAGACCUGAUCUUACCUUACUACAUAUAGUAACUUUUUAACCAUAACACAGAACCGAUUGUUGAAUACUUUCAAGAAACCAAAUUAUUUGAUAAUGUUGUCUCGCCAUAAGGUCUAACUGUAAGACAUCGGAUUGCCAACUACUAAAAACAAAACCCUCUAUCGAUCACGCCUAUAUAUUCAAUUCCACUAAUGAUGAGAUUAGAAACAUUUACGCAUUGCCUACCAGGACAGAAGUAAAAGUAUUACAAAAAAAAAUAAAAGAUUACGAAAUUUAUUGACGCAAUCUCUUGAGAUGCACAUUUUCUUUGGCAAAUCACUAUUAUGAUACUAAUUAAAAUAAGUUGUAAGCAACAGUAAGACGCACAUUUUGCGUGACCAUCCAUCCUCCUUGCCUUUAAGUUAUGCAACAAAUAAAUUUUUGUUUUCUCUAAAAUUAUACCUAAUAAUCGUUGAACGCCUAAGUUCGAGAAGCAAACGCAAGAAAGCAGGACACAAAAAUACAGAACAUAAAAACGAACGAGCUAAAAACACCACAAACAACAAAUAGAUUAAUGGUGUAAAUAUGUUAUUGCUAAAGCUUUUUGGUUGAACCGCCAAUGCCCCCGCCCCCUUAACAUUGUCUGGCGCGCGACUAUAUUUGCUAUGCAUGAUUAAAAGAUUUGACAGAAAACAAAAAUAAAUUUCAGUAGUCGUUACUUGGCAAAACUAUCUAUAAAAAUAUAUUUUGUUGUGAACAAAACAGAAACAGUAUGGGUGAAUAAAACAAGAAUUUAAAUAAUGUACUAA